UCUCUCUCUCUUGCUUUAUUACCAGGUUCUGAAGUUUCCUGUGCAUUUCAUGGCAAGAAGUACAAAGCAGGGGAAAGCUGGCAUCCUUACCUGGAGCCCCAGGGGGUGAUGUACUGCCUUAAAUGCACCUGUCUGGAGGAUACGAGGGUAAACUGCUAUCAGAUCGAGUGUUCAGUUCUUCACUGUCCAGAUCUCAUAAACGAACCUCACCAGUGCUGCCCAAAAUGCCUAGACCUGCACGCGCCCUCCGAAAUGCAGACGCCUCUUGGUUCCGCUUGCGAGUACAACGGGACGCUGUACGAGGAUGGGAGCAUUUUCACUGUGGGUGAAGUCUUCCCUUCCCGGCAGCCGGGCCAGUGUAUCCAGUGCAGCUGUUUGGAUGGCCAGAUUUAUUGCGGUUUGGUCACCUGUCUGGAGCUGUUGUGCGCCUCUCCUGAGAUGGUACCUGGAUCUUGCUGCCAAGUCUGCAGAGAAAGUUCGAGGAAGCCCUUUUACACGAUGUGGAAAUCUAGAUUCUGUCUUUGCUGCUUCCUGGCCCUCCAGGAGCAUCAGCCGUACCAGUGGACAGAGGCAUCGAGGGGCAAAGGAUCCCUGAGGAUGGCGGAGCCCCCCCGAAGUGCUUCCCUGGAGUUGAUUCCCCAAACCAUCAAGUCAAAAGGGAGACACGGCACAACCGUCAAAAUCAUUCUCAAAGAGAAGAACAAGAAAGCCUGCAUGUACAAAGGGAAGACCUAUUCACACGGGGAGGUUUGGCAUCCACAUAUCCAUUUUGCUCUGCCUUGCAUUCUCUGUACCUGCAGAGAUGGCAUUCAGGACUGCCAGAGGGUUACCUGUCCUAAAGAAUAUACUUGUGGAAAACCUGAAGCUGUAGAAGGAAAAUGCUGCAAAGCGUGCCCAGAGGACAAAGUGAUGCCCACCAGGGAACUUGAUGCUGCCCAGUACCGAUCAUCUGUCUAUGUCUUUGCUCCACUGCCAACUUUGUCUGGCUCUGAGAAUGCCAAAGAGAAUUUAAGGAAGAUGGUGAUCGAGAGGGGGUCCUUGCAGGAUGUGGAAAUCUACACCUGGAAGUUCACAAGAGGAAUAUUUCAAUUGAUUCAGAUCAAGGAGGUCAAGAAACAAGAACUGAGGCAAGAAGUGCAGAAUUUUCGGCUGGUUUCCAGAGCAAAUGAAGCUUAUUGGAAGAUGUUUCUGGUCCACGGUGCCGAAGGGAAGACAACCCAGACCCCCGGCAAAGAGACCAGGAAUUUGUGAAGAUGGGAAUGAGAAGGGACCUAUGGGAAGAACUGCGCUAUUAAAUAAACAGCCGCCCUGAGCUACCGGGAAGCAAUCCACAGCCAGCUUUUUUGGAAACUCUACCCAUCAGAGAGUGACAACACAAC